CUGGUGACGUGCAGGAAGAUGGGAAACCUCGGAAGGUACUCGGGUUGAACUGGGACACUGGAGCUGAUACACUAGCCAUAGAUGUAAAGGUAAACCUGAGUGGAAAAAAGAAAGGAUUGAGGGAGCUUCCUGAUGUUGCACUGGACGAAGUCGCAGAUAUGAUGCCUAAAGAAAUAACAAAGAGAGUUGUCUGGAGAAUCGUCCUUGGACAAUUUGAUCUUCUGGGUCUAACUUCUGUGUUUAUGAUAAGGUUGAAGCUGAUUAUGAGAGAUCUGUCUGGUGAAUCUGGAAGAAAAUUGGAGUGGGAUCAGCCGAUUCCAUCUGAAAUAAGAGAAAGGUUUGUCAGUGUUCUCUCCAUGCUGAAGGAGUUGAGAAAAAUAUCAUUUCCAAGAUGUAUAAAACCUGAUAAAACUCGGGAUGAGGAGCCGGAACUUUUGAUGUUUGGAGAUGGUUCUAAAUCUGCAUUUUGUACACUUGCUUACGCUAGAUGGGCAGUACCUGGAGGAUUUGAAUGCAGAUUGAUUUCAGGAAAAACAAGAGUUGCUCCUCUCAGAAAGAUUUCAAUCCCAAGAAUUGAAUUGCUCGGAGCAGUGGCUUGUGUUAGGUUGGCGGAGAAAAUCACUGAAAAUCUAGGGAUCAAGUUUUGUAGGAGAUAUUUUUUCACUGAUUCUUCUGCUGUACUUGGAAUGAUAAGAGGAGAGAGUGCAGCUUUCCAAGAAUUUACUGGUACUCGUGUAAGUGAGAUUAAAACUAAAUCUGAUGUGGAAAAAGAGUGGUUUUGGAUCCCUGGAACGGAGAAUAUAUCUGAUUUAACAGACAGUUAA